GGAGAUCUGACUUUCUCCUCAUCCAUCUUCCCCGUUGAGAUCCCAGCAAUUGACUCACCUCUCUUCAUCCUUUCGACAUCAACUCCGUCAAGGGUGACAAUCUCCACUCCUUUACUGUCACCUCCGUCGCCAGACCUUGCAUCAACAUCGCCGCAUAGCACUGCCAGGGCCAAAGCUCGCCCCGUAGCAGAACGCGCACCAGAUUACCCUCAUUAUGUCCGCCCGCUUCGGACUGCGCUUCGCGCAGCAAACCGCCCGACAAUCCACAACCUCAUUCACCUCACGAGCACCCUUUCAGUUGAGAAAUCCCGUGUUUCGACGAUGGCAGGGCACAGCUGCCAACCCGGCGGUCGAGGGCGCGCCACCGCAGUCUCUGUUCCAGAGACUUUGGACCAGUGAGGUCGGCAUUCGGACCGUGCAUUUCUGGGCCCCUAUCAUGAAAUGGGGUGUCGUCCUUGCGGGCGCAUCAGAUUUCCUCCGUCCCGCCGAAAAACUGUCCUUGACACAGAACUUGGCUCUCAUGGCCACAGGUUCCAUCUGGACGAGAUGGUGCUUUGUCAUUCGACCAAAGAACAUGCUUCUCGCCGCUGUCAACUUCUGUCUCUUCCUUGUAGGUCUCGUCCAAUGCAGUCGGAUCUUCAUGUAUCGGAGCUCGCAAGAUGGUAGCACCACCGCCGCCUUGAAGGAAAUGGAGAAGGACAUCGAGAGCUCGGCGAAAGUGGUGGAGAAGAAGGUGGAAGCCAAGUUGUAAUUGAGCGAGACGAGGUGUGCGGAACGAUCGCGGGUCGUUCAGGAUGGGCUGGAUAGAGGGGAACUCAGGCGAGAACGAGCACAAGGGUUUGUGUUGAAAGUCACUGUGCUAGACGGCGGUUGCCAUCCGUUCAAGCUGGAAUGCUUCUGGAAUUUCCUUCAAAAGGCGAGAUGACUAUUGUUACAGAUACUAGCAAGUCUGACGGCUCCAUUUCUCUUCCGCCAGCAAGAUGUCAUCCCAUGCUCCCGACCUCAGAUCUAGAGCAAGAUACUGGCUCUAGUAUUGUGGGCGUGUGGCUGGAGAGAGAAGGUUAGACAUUUCAUCUGAUCGCACAUAUUGCCAAUUCAAAAGCAUUGGGUCUGGAGUCUAGAGCACACAGUGCGUCAUGCAUCAUUGCUACAGAUGCAGAGCGAUAAGGCCAUGGCGGGACGGACGUGCACUUGGCAAUACGGGAAGAUGCUUCCAAUGCAAGACUCGCCGUGACCAGGCACACCUGUUCUCAAAGGAAACACGGGUGGCCGCCAUGUCCGCAUUGUCGUGUCGCAUAGAGACAAGUCUCGACCAUACAUGCAGACUUUCUCGCCAUGCAACCAGUCGCAGCCCCACCACCACCACGGGAUACACUUUGCACAGCCACUUUGUCCUUGUUCUGUGUAAACU